AACGUCACAUGAAACGAAACUGAAACUUUGAGUGAAAGCAGCGCUGCAGUCGACAAAUGUCUGUGUUUCUCUCUACAGAAACAUUCAGUUGAAUCCAGCUGUUUUUUCUCCACAACAACAAACACACACAGAGUGUAGACAUGGCUGCUGCCAGCUGUCUGCUGACUGAAGAUCAGUUCUUGUGCUCCAUCUGUCUGGAUGUGUUCAUUGAUCCAGUCACCAUACCAUGUGGACACAACUUCUGUAAAACCUGCAUCACUGAACACUGGGAUAUUAAGGUCCCAAGUCAGUGUCCGAAUUGUAAUAAGGCUUUCAACACAAGACCUGAGCUGCAUGUCAACACUUUGUUUUCCGAGAUGGCUGCUCGGUACAGACAGUCAGCUCGACAGAAACCAAAAGAAGUUCCGUGUGAAGUCUACUCAGGAACCAAACUGAAGGCCUUGGUGUUCUUCCUGGUGUGUCUGAUGUUUGUCUUGGUGCUCUGGAUGGUUUUAGACCACAAGAAAUAUGUUGUUGUUCUUCUGAAAGAAGAAUAUGAAGGAAAGAAGGCAGAGCUGGAGAAGACAAAGGCAAAAACUCAGCAGAUGAUCCAGACGAGACAACUGAAGAUUGAGGAGAUCAAACGCUCAGUGGAGCUCAGUAAAGAAGGUGCAGACAGAGAGACAGCAGAUGGUGUUCAGGUCUUCACCGCUCUGAAGGAGUCUGUUGAGAGAAGCCUGAACAAACUCAUCAACACGAUCAAAGAGAAGCAGAGAAAGACAGAGAAACAGGCUGAAGGCUUCAUCAAAGAGCUGGAACAGGAAAUCUCUGAGCUGAAGAAGAGAAGCGCUGUGUUGGAGCAGCUCUCACACUCUGAAGACCACCUCCACCUCAUCCAAAGCUCCCUUCCCCUUAACAUUACUCCACCCACCACGGACUGGACAAAAGUCAGUGACCAUCCACCUUCAUUUGAGGGGACAGUGAGGAGAGCUAUGAAUCAGCUGGAGGAGAUACUUAAUGAGGAGAUGACUAACUUGCUUUUUGCCGAGCUGAAAAGGGUCCAGCAGUAUGCAGUGGAUGUGACACUAGAUCCUGAUACAGCACAAAGCUGGCUCAUUGUUUCUGUUGAUGGAAAACAAGUACAUGAUGAUGAUGAAUGGACAAAUGUCCCAAACAAUCCAGAGAGAUUUGAUAAUUGUUUUUGUGUCUUAGCAGAGCAGAGUUUCUCUUCAGGGAGAUUUUACUUUGAGGUUCAGGUUGAAGGAAAGACUGACUGGGAUUUAGGAGUGGCCAAAGAGUCGAUCAACAGGAAGGGGAAAAUCAUACAGAUUCCCCAGAAAGGUUACUGGACGAUAUCUUUAAGGAAUGAAAAUGAGUAUAAAGCUCGUGCUGGCCCUGAUGUCCAUCUCUCUCUGAAGUCUCGACCUGAGAAGGUGGGGGUGUUUGUGGACUAUGAGGAGGGUGUGGUUUCCUUUUAUGACGUAGAUGCUACAGCUCUUAUCUACUCCUUUACUGGCUGCUGCUUCACUGAGAAACUUUAUCCAUUCUUCAGUCCUGGUACUUCCAAUGAUGGUAAGAACUCUGCCCCUGUGAUCAUCUCUCCUGUCAAAGACACUGAGUAGAACAACCAUAAAGAUUUUUUCCUCAGCAAGAUUCACUAUCAAUCCAUAUAAUUAAUGUUAAUUUAUUGUUGACAUAAAGUGUAUCCAUUGCUUUUAUUGUAGAUUCUGAUCAAUGUGGGUUUUUUUCCUUUUUUCCUGUAAAUGUUUUUCUUUAAUAUUUUACAUUGUCAUUCACUACUUCAACCAGGGCUUGACAUUAUUACCUAACAAAUGCAGGUAGAAAUGGUCAGUGUAACAGAGUCACUCUUUCUAACCACUUUGGCGGGUAUAUAUACUGUCCAUAAAGACUCUUUUCGGGCUGAUGUCACAAAGACGUCAUUUUAUUAGCUGGAGGAAAAACACGACUCAGGCUAUAGGCUACAUAGGAGUCUAAAAAUGUGUUUGUCUUGUUGUGUUAUUGGGAGCCAGAAUAGAAGGAGUCAUGGCUCAAAACUAGCCACCUCUGCCCGUCAACAAAAAUGAAGACAACUAUGGUUAAAUGUGAUAAGACCAAAGGACUGGACGGAGGCCAUCAUCAAAAAUGCUCACAUGUGCAGCGCACACUUCAUAUCAGGUUAGGGAAAAAGUAUUUCCUGUUGUAGGGAUGAAUAAGGUUGUGUGUAUUAAGGGUUAUCAUGUCCACCUCAUCAGAGACUGGGGAGGGAUUAAGAGGAAUAUUGGAUUUCUCUGGAACGCUAACUUUUUAGGUUCUGGGCUCAGAAGAUAGAGCGGGUUGUCCACUAAUCAGAAAAACAGCGGUUUAGUCCCCGGCUGUGUGUCAAAUUAUCGUGGAGCAAGAUACUGAACCCCAAAUUGCUCCCGAUGGCUGUUCCAUCGGUGUGAGAGUGUGUUAAAAACUGAGGGCACCUUGUAUGAUAGCCUCGGCCAUCAAGAUGUUAGGCUGACAGAGAAGGUGUGUCGCUGUGCUAUUGGUUGAUUGUGAAUCAGCUGAUGACUCAACUGACAGACCCAGACAAUGACACCUAGAGAUAGUAAGUGAGCAUGUGUGCAAGGAGUGAAUGGCAGGGUGAGAAAGAACAUAGAGCUUGAGCAUGAAAAGUAUUGUCUUUCUGACUGAACUUUUGCCAGAGCUUCACGAGUUCGGUACUUGAAACAUCCAUCAUGGAGGUGAAGCUCCUGGACCAACUGGUGGUACUCCCCGUUUGCCACCCUGUUUUUUAGGGCCUCAUGUACCCCCACAGAUCUCCAUUUCCCUGGGCCAAACAAACUAUUUGCUGACAGCCUCUCACCCUCAACCAGAGCUACAGCAAGUACCCUCUGCCUCAACAUUCUAGUUACUAGCUACCAAUUACUGUGAAAAUAAACUGUAGAUUGAUCACACAGGAGGGGUGGGGUCAGUGUGUUUUUCAACCUGCAAAACACUGUCUGUAUGAUCGGGGCCUAACAAAAGGUUAAUUCAUUGCAGCCUUCUGUACAAAACCUGUAAUCAUUAAGAACCACAACCCUAAAGAUACAGGAACCCCACUGAGUAACUCUACUUCUGGACCACUGCGAUGGUCAGAUCUUUUAACCAUCCCCUGCUCCAGCUGCAAAACCAAAGUUGUUCCUGUAUUUGCAGUUUUAGCCCCAACCCUCUGGAACAAUCCUCUCCAGUCCAGUCUUUGGACUGUUUUAAGCCGUUCUAUAGAGCUUCCUCAUGUGCUGUGUUUUUGUUUUUGUUUUUUCUGUCUGUCAUUGUGCUGUGCUCUGUAUUGUAUUUUAUUUUUACUUGAUUUAUGAUUGAUUCAUUCUGUUUAUG